AUGGGGAAGGUGGCAGCCCACACGGGAAUAGAAGGAGAUGGAACUCCCUUUACAGAUGUUACUACUAUUGAUAAUAUCAGCAAAGCUCUACACAAAUGCGGGUACCAAAUGAGUGGUUUUGAGACUAUGUACAAUGGUCAUACCGGGAGACGUCUCCACGCAAUGAUUUUCCUUGGCCCUACAUAUUACCAAAGAAUGAAGCAUAUGGUUGAUGACAAGAUCCAUUCUCGUGGACGGGGUCCUGUGCAGAUCCUCACGAGGCAACCUACUGAGGGACGAUCACGAAAUGGAGGUCUCCGAUUUGGAGAGAUGGAACGAGAUUGCAUGGUAGCUCAUGGAACUGCUCACCUCCUAAAGGAAAGACUGGUUGAUCAAAGUGAUGUAUGCAGGGUCCAUGUGUGUGAGCGUUUGUGGCUUGGUAGCUAUUGCAAAUCUCAAGAAUAA